CAUGUUAAAACUUUGUGUCUACUUAAAUUAAUAAGAACAAAAUAAUAAUAUUUAAGAAAAAUUAGAGAAUAAGGACGUUAAGGAGAUCGAAGGCGCCAUCCAGAUGUAAAUUCAUACUGCUAAUAUCAGUAAUAGCUCAUCAAAACGCUAUCAAAAUGGACCAGGACAAAAACACAUUGAUCCGAAUAGCCAUCGGACAAAUGGCAUCAUUGGGCGAGUUAUACGACGCCCGGACGGACACAUUCUGCGCCAUUUCGGCCCUCAAAAUAGCACCAGAAAAGAGCGGCGCCGUCACCAUACAGGACAACCCCUCCAUCGACCUCCAGUACAUACACACCGACACCUUUUCGGACAAAUUUGACAAAUUAGAGAUAAAGGCCGGCCUUAAGGUGAGUAUAUUGGCCGGACUGUUCCAGUUGGAGGGGAGUGGCAGGUAUUUGGCGGACACCAAAAAGAGCGCCCGAGCCGUCCGUUCGUCCCUCUUGUAUAACAUUCAGACCAAAGCCGAGAGACUGAACCUAUUUAGCGACAAACUCGCGGAGUGUUUCGCGUUGGACGCCCUCCAGGCCACCGCUGCCACCCAUGUGGUGGUGGGCGUCGAUUGGGGCGCCAACUCCAUGAUCACUAUGGAGUACAGCAACAGCGAGAAUAAGGAUGUUAAGGAGAUCGAAGGCGCCAUCCAGGGUGAAUUAAAAAUGUUUGCCGCCAAUAUAAGCGGCAAAGCGAGCGGUGAUUACGGGAACGGUCAGGACAGCAAACAAACCAAUUAUUCGUUACACAUAUUCGGCGACAUUAUGCCGACCGACGAGCCGUUGCCGCAAACAAUUGAGGAGUCGUUGGCGCUAAUGAAAAGAAUGCCCUUGCUCGUUCAGACAGCUAAUGGUGGCAAGGGCAAACCGUUGAAGUACACGCUGGUGCCACUGUCCACCCUAGCCAGUCGAUUAAGUCUGCCCAAAAUGGCCGACAAAGUGAUCAAGUACAUUGACGAGCAGGCGAUCGUCCGGUGCGUCCAACUGUUUGAUAGGAUCGCGGCGUCGAAGCAACGACUAUACGAUUUGUAUGAUUUCGUGAAUUCCAAUAAAUAUUGCGUUCCCGCGGAUCGGGUGCGCGGUAUAGGCGCCCGAAAGGAUCAAUUAGACUCGGAUGAGGCCAGCCUUAGAUCAAAAUUAGCCGUGUUAUUGGUGGAGGUGCGCUCCGGGAGGGCUGGCGGUGACAAACUGGAAAAGCUCAUUAGCGACACAAACGAGGGCUCACUUUCGGAAAAUAAAAUACAAAACUUUAUUAAUAGUAACGAAGAUAUUGCCGACAAAAUAACUUACGCCAAAAUGUUACAACACGAAGGCGUUAUAUAUGUGGGCGCCCCCGGGCAUGGCCAGUCACUGGAAACGGCUAAAAUGGAACGCCUACAAUCGGAAAUUUAUAUUUUGUUCUGGGCCAGUUUGUCGAGUGACACAAAGGAUCGAGAUUGGACUGAUAAUAAGCAUCACUUUUUACGACUGGCUAAACAGAACAAUGACCUUGCUACAGACAGGAAAAAGGAUACGACCAGAUUUAUUGCCGCCGAUUUGGAUAUGAGACCCGAGCUAAAUGACCAGGAACAUGUUUCAUCAGGAACACGUAUUUGCCUGUUUAAGAAUGGCAAAUAUAUUCACCAGAAUAUAUUGCUCGAUUAUAUUACCAAUUAUGACCGGUGUUUGAUUAAGCCAACUGAGUCGGUUCAUUUAGUAGUACAUAAGCCCAACAAGCAUAAAGAUUUGGCAAAACUAUUAGAAAAAUUGCGACCAAUGAAAGAGAUGAAUAUAUUGAUUUUGGGCGAAACUGGCGUGGGUAAGUCCACUUGGAUAAAUGGCCUGGUCAAUUAUAUGACAUUUAAGUCACUGGAUGAUGCCGAGCAGAAUAAAUCGCUGAGUCUAAUAGCGUCAUCAUUCACAAUUACCGAUGAAAACUAUAAGCAAGUUAAAAUUAAGAUUGGCGACGAUAAGAAUGAGGUAAUGGCUGCCGGACAGUCGGCUACUCAAGAACCGAAAGCCUAUGUAUUAGAUUGGGGUAAAAAGCACGUUAGACUAAUCGAUACGCCCGGCAUUGGAGACACGCGUGGCCUCGAUCAGGACAAAGAGAACUUCGACGCCAUAUUGCGGUACAUCUCAAACCUGGAUGAGUUGCACGGCAUAUGCAUAUUGUUGAAGCCCAACAACGCCCGACUCACUGUUAUGUUCCAGUUUUGCGUCAAAGAGUUGUUGACACAUUUGCACAAAAGUGCAAGCAACAACAUCGUGUUUUGUUUCACUAAUGCGCGUAGCACGUUUUAUAGGUAG